UAUCUGUUUAUGGAAACCGAAACGACUGGAGAAGUCGCGGUCAUGUUGCCUCCGAAAAACUGCCUGCCGAGAAAUUACAGCUGCAUCGCCGGCUUAUUUGGGAGCCUGACCGCCAACCAGAAGAUGGACGACGGGGAGAAGACCGAGGGUGAAGAAGAGGAGGAAGAGGAGGAAUCCGAGGCCGUGACCAGUGACUGCGAGCCGCACGGGAUGCGCGUCGUGGACGAGAAACCGCGCGGCCGUGAAUCCCUCCCGAAGCCUCCAACGAGUCCCGGCCAACGCCGCCGCUGCAAAUCCCUCCCGAGCUCCGCGGAGAGGGCCAAGCUGGAGGUAGCGCGAAUCUGCAGCCCAUCCAGCCAGAAGAAAGUGCGCUUCGCUGACUCGCUCGGUCUGGAGCUCAUCUCCAUACGCCACUUCGACGACACUGACGUUCCUGAAACACCUGACCGGUUCAAGUUCAAAAAGGCACGAGCUCUCCACCUGAACAACUUCGAUCACUCCAACGGGUAUACGCAGUCCACCUUCGUGGAGACUCUCUUCACCUGUCCGGGUGCUCAGCCCAACUUCCAGGAGCGCCUCCGAGUCUCCAGGGUGCUGCUGGAGUCCGUGGAGACGGACGAGUUCAGCAUCUCGGGCUUCGUGCGCGUCGUGAACCUCGCGUUCGAGAAGCGCGUCACCCUGCGCUACUCGCUCAACAACUGGCUGACCUUCAUAGACGUGCCGGCGUCAUACGUGCCGCAGUCGAGCGACGGCCUCACCGACAAGUUCCACUUCAAGAUCGUCACGCCGGCCUUCGUCGAGGGCAGCGGCAGCCUCCAGUUCGCCGUGCGGUACCGCGUCGGGGGCGACGACUUCUGGGACAACAACGACGGCAAGAACUACAAAGUGCGACGCCACCGAUUCAAAAUCUCUCCUCCACGCGAAUGGGAUAACGGCUGGAUCCACUUCAUCUAGUGUGUGUGUGUGUGUGUGUGUGUGUGUGUGUGUGUGUGUGUGUGUGUGUGUGCACCUGAUUAUAAGGCCUGCAUUGUAUCUAUAGAGCAUCUACAGUACACUCAUGGCUCCUCAUGUAUUCUAAUUAAUGAUGCUUUUAUUUUUUUUCCAAAAGCUCUCCUCUGAUCUGAUAAAAUCCUUGGUCACUAGAUAGACAGAGUGCAAAGGUUUGCACCCCCUUUACGCUUCUAGAAAUUGCAUGUUCGCAUAAAGAUUUAUUUUUAUUAUACCGAGACUAAAGCCGGCUGUGCAUCCUGCAUCCUGCAUCCUUUAAGAAUCCUACCUCUGUUAUGAUGCGAAAAAAAUCUUCAUAAAACCUACCUGCUAGAUUAUAUAAUCAAACCUCUAAAGCAUGUAGGUUCUCUGAAGAUUUUGAUUAAACGAUCCGGAAAGUUUUUUUGUUGAUGUUUUACUCUCGGAUUUGUUUUUAUACCAAAAAAUUAUUCGAUUGUCCCGCGAGGUUGCGUGCCAUCCAAUGGCAUCCUCCUCCUUCUGGUGGUUUUAGAUAAGCAUCAGUCACAGCAGCAGUGCUCAUGUUCGAUGCUGGCAGCUGUCUUUGGUCUCAGUGGUGUGAAAUCAUCUACUGAUAAUGUACGGUUAUCUUUAGUAGCGAGCUCUUUAUUCCCAUUAGCGUGCUCUAAUUAAUUUAAGCCCUUUAAAUUAGCUUUGUUUAAAGUGUCUGAUAUGCUUUUACAUCUCAAAUAUAUAAAGGGUUAGCAAAAAAAAAACACGUCACAAGGUCUUUAAAGCAAAUCGGCCAAGUGUGUAUAUAAUAAAUGUCCUAAGCUAUACGUAUUGACGUAUAAGUGUACUGUAAAGGGAAGAAAACCGUAACCACUUGACAUGCGUUAGAUGCCUUAUCGUUUUCAUUAUUCAUAAGCAGGGGUAUGCAAACUUUUGCACACAACAUUGUAUAUCAAAUCUCAACUCAGCCAAGGUCUUUUAUGUAUUCAAUAGACUGCUAUUCUGUUUGACGGAGCGCCGAAUAUCGUCCUGUUUUAGAUGAAAAAGCGCCGUUGUUGUGAAAGGUGAUGUGGCUUCCAGGCCUCGUGACUCGUUUUAUCCGCGUCCGCCGGGUGUACAGUCGUUCUCUUCCAUCGUCCAACGCAGAAUUGCGAUCAAUACUUGUAUUAUAGCUGAGUUAUACUCGUACGCCGGUUAGAAAGGGCUGAGAAGAAACAUCUUUGUUAGUAAUUAAGAGCCCUGGACGUCUUCGAGAUUCACAAGAACGUCAAUCGACCAAACUCCGGGACUGAUUACGCGACUUUCAAAAAGUUGAUCUCCAACGUUUAACAACCUGCCUGGAAGUUUCCAUCUCAUCCCAAGGCGAGGUAAGGGAUGGUCCGAGUGGAAAAUCGAAUUUGCAUAGAUUUUUCCUUUUUUAUUGUAAACACACUUUUUUUGUUGUUGUUGUUGUUGUAGCUGAAUAAGAAGCAGGAGUUUAGAAGCAGGCAGAAGUUCAGCCAAAUAGCACCAAAAUGACAAAACCAUGCUGAAAUAAUUACACACUUAAUGGUCCGGUCCAAUCACUGACCUCGAAUAACCUUUUAAACGUUUUAACAUUUGUACAGAGUUUGGAAAAAGGUUUGGAGAUAUCUACAGUUUUGUGGGUUGUUUUAGAGAUACAUGCACGUUCCUUUAGUUUCUAUGCAACAAUCUCAAUCAUGUAAUGGUAUGAAGAUAUAUAUUUUGACCAAACAAAUCUAUUAAUGUUCAGAUGUUCCACUUUAUAUUGUUUGAAAAUUAUUCUUUUAACAUGAACAACAGCUUUAAACACUCUGGGCAUCCAAAAACUUGCCAAAGAUGUUCUUCACUAGUUCUUUCUGAUGAUGCAGUUCAUCCCGGAGCAGUUCAAUAGGAUUUUGGCGGGGUGACUAAUCAGGUGGUUCCAUGAUAGAUAACAUUCCAGACGACUUUGGUUUGGUCUCUAAAUAACACCCACAGAACUCAGACGUGCGCUUCGGCUCAUCGUCUGGUUGUACUGUGAAGUCCAGACGGAACUGCAUGGUGAUGAAGUGUAGAAUAGGAGCCAUGUUGGUUCAGGAUUCCUUUUACAUUCCAGAACCUUCCCUGCUCCAAAACAAGCCCAAACCUUUAAACUUCCACCUCCAUGUGUGAGUGUGGGGGUGAGGGAGAAUCUGGUCAUAUCUUCUCUUUACUGAAAGUUUUCCAGAACUUUCUUCCACUCAUUCACUUUCCAAUUCUUGUGUUUUUGCCAUUUUUUUCCUACUGUGUUUGUUGAAUAGAAAACAAAAGGAACCUGCACGUGUCUUAUAAAACAAAAAACUGGGUGUUUCAACACUUCUUACAGACACUGUAUAAAUUUGCAAUAUAGAACAAGCAAGAACAUGAACUUACAGCUGAUGAACUUACAGUCGUGCUGAUGCCUCGUAUCACCGCAUGCUUGUUAGCGAGAUGAUGUUAAAGCGUUUCUGUAGGAAGCGGAGAAUUAUUAUAGAAUUAGUGACAUUUGAGAUGAUGCAAUAUGACCUGAUGUUCUGUUUAUUUUUGCUCCUCGAAUGAAAAUAGAGCUUUAAAAAAAAAAGCCACACGUUUGGUCUACAGCAGGUCGGCUAGCUAGCUCACAACGACUGUACAAUCGUGCGAAAGGUGAACUGACGAGCUUUCGGUUUUCACGUCCGUGGUUAUAAUGCUGGAUAUCGUAUUGUUAGCCAGGUCUGCUGAUGAUGGCUUUAAAGUAAAACAUCAGAACGCGGUUAAAGGAAAUUGUAUCCCCUGGUCACAUGGUGUCAAUGCUGGAUUGUGAUUGGCUGGAUCAGAGCGUUGAACACACAGCUAGCUUUCGUUCGUCAGGUCGAAUCACUUUUCCAAAAAAUGCACUGCUUAGAAACUCCUGUAGACACAGUUCCUAACGAUCCUAUUGAGCUCCACGGAGGAGAUUUGGUUCUGGUAUAAAUUGUAUAGUGAUUUUGAUCAAUAGGUCAAAUUUGAGAAGAAAACGUUCAAAUGACAAAUAUUUAACGAGAAACGGGACCUGUUGCAUCACAAGCCCUGUUUGGACGGGAUUAGUUUUACAUUCGUCAUCGAUUUUUUUUCCCCCAUGUAAGAUUUUUGAAUGAAAUCCGUAGCGGAGGAACGAGAGCAGAGGAGAUUUCAGAUGUUUAUAGUAUUGUCAGCGAUGCUCGUUCAUGCGUUUAUAGGAAUCUAAAUACUGCACGAUAUUGUGGUACGUGUGAAUAUAAAGUGGAUUCUAUCAGAGCGUAAUAUAAUAACUGGCUCUUCAAUCAGCCUUCAGGAUCACGCUCGUUUGAUUGAUUUUGUUUUCUCUUCCGACUAAUGGACUGACGAUGCAGGCAGAAUGGAGACUCGGGUGGAGACUCAAAGCAUUAAUGUUUUCAUGAUUUGGGAAGUUGAUACGUGCGCUCGCGAUGUGAAUAAAUGUAGGCGAGUUGCAGCAGUGAAAAAAGUCACGUUUAGGUGGAUAAAUUGAUCGGAUGAAGACGAUUGGGUAAAAUAAACAGCAGGUCAUUUUGAAGGACAUAAAAAUAAAAAAAAACGAUGACUGAAAUAAUUAUAAGUUUAUUAUAAGUUAUUGGUUUCCUCAAAUUUUUUUAAACUGAAUCCUGUCCAUAUAGGGCCGACAGCAAACCACAUUUGUGGCAUUGUUCAUUUUUUUAACAUUUUUUCAACAACAUUUUUACACAAUUUUGAUAAAUACAUCGUCCUGAUGUACGGAUUUUCCCGACCAAUCGUUCGCCUUGUCUAGAGAUGCUUCCUUCACGUGACAGGAUUGUUUGACCCACGUUCUCGCCCCGAAGUUUCUCUGUUUUCACGUCUAUUUCCUACCAAACACAUUUAUACUGUGAGAAAUUCUCGACCUCUCAGAACAGCUGGAGUGCCUAUUCUUUCAGGUUCAAUGUAAAGAAAAAUAAAAGAAGAAGCAGAUUUUAUUUUUAUGCAGUAGAACCAAAACUAGAUGUAUUUAUCGAGUUAAUAUAUAGAUAUAUAAAUAUAUAUAUCAUUCCUGUCCUGGGUGUGUUUGCUUGCUCGAGUGUUGCGGUUUCAUCUUUGUAAAUAUCGCCGUAUUGUGUCGAGUCGUCGAUGUUGUAAAAAUGUAGCAUUUGUGCAGGUUUCGGCUUGAACCUCGUGUUCUUUGUUCACAUCAUUAAUUAUUGUUUUUUUGUUUCACUUCGUAUUUUUCACGAAAGCAGAAAUCUAUCACGCGAGAUCAGAUUGGAUCUGACUGUCGAUUUCUCGGUCGCUGAAGCUUGACGAGGACGAUCGUUUGUCUGCUGUGUGAAGGUCAGACUAAAUGAAGAAGCUUUCAGCUGUCAGAAGCAAAUUCCAAGGCCUGGUACAUGUUUUCCUGAAAGAUUUUUGCACAUACUUUUAAGCACCUGAUUGUGAAAGUGGACUCCAGUUGCAGGAUGUUUUUCUUUUUUCCGUUAUUCAAUAAUGCAUGGAAAUUCUCCACAGAGUUACAGCACACUGUUACUGAUCAUGGAUCCUGAAUGAAACGAGGGAGUAGGUUCGAGGGAUCACAAUUAUCAGCUCAAUAAGACGUUUAUUUAUCUUCUGAAACAUUUCAAUUGGGCUCGUUGUAUAAAAUACAACCACCAUCAUGCUUAUGAAAAGGAUGUGAAUUCUGUUAGAACGAGUGCAAUUAUACAAUUAGAACUCAAUGCAUGAGAUAAAACGAACAAUUUAUUUAUUAUACGUACAAAAUCUAUUGUGUUUCUGGAAGCACAGCAUGUUUAAACUCAUUAAAGCCCAACAUAAGGAAAAUUCUGGAAUUUCAGCAGCUGAAAAAUUCUGAUCCGAUGUUCAGAUUGACGUUCAAUAGGAAGCAACAUUCAGAACGUAUCAUUCAAAUCCGAAUUCUCUUCAUUUAGAAACAACAGGUUUUUUUAAUUGUUCUUCAGAAGGUUCAUGAACUAACUUUAGUGGAACACUUUCAAUUAGAGAACUCUUUAAUAUUUCCCCAGAAAGUCAGUUGAAGGCUUCUAAAAUCUUUUUGUUUGUUUUUGUUUGUUUGUUUGUUUGUUUUUUAAAGGCACCAACAUCAUUACUAUAAUUUUUUUAGGUGCAAUAUAAAUUCUUCAUAAACGUUUCUCUAAGAUGAAAAUCUAAUUCAUGUCCUCAUGUAGAACUUUGCUCACUUGAAGAACGUCCCCAAAAUACACUGAAUCGAUGGCGUGUUUAUGCACAGUGCGUGCGUUACCCAUGAUGCACUUUGAGAGUACACAGACGUCCGCUUUAAACCUGACACUCUGAAACGGUAGUGAUGUCUCUAUAAUGUCUAUAUUUUCGCCUGAAAAAAUCACGAAAUGACUCAGAGCAGCCAGAUGAUUUGCACAGGACACUGAAAUGGUGGCGUGAUAGUAAUAAAUUACGGUUGGACGUAUCCAGGCGUCAUGUAGCUACUCAAAUAAAUCCAGUUCAGGUUCCUGCGGGAUCGUCAGCACUUUGGAUUUAUUUUAAAAAACACGAGUAUGUUGUAUAUUUAUACACUGGUAUGUCUAUUAAUUGGGAUUUAUUUUUUAAAACAAACAAACCCUGAACGUCAUGUUAAUAGCAAUACACACACACACACACACACACACACGCGGAAGUGCAAUUAACCCUUAAAUACCCAAAAUUGGAUCUGAAACCAGUUCGAUUUUGCGACGCUAAUUAUGCUAGCGAGGAUCGAAUGAAAGGUCUAGGCGAGGUUCCAGGACCUCACGGCGCGCUGGAAAUGCGAAGUUUGACCUUUUGCAACGUCAAGGUCGGGAUGUGCCGCAGGGGAUUCGGUGUCUGAUUUUUGGGUUGUUAUGUUGGUUUUGUUCGGAGAUGUGUGUAUUUGACAGAUUAGAUUUCUGCUUCUAUGUUUUUUUUUUUUUUUUUUUUGUUAUUUAUGAAAUAUAGCUACUUUACAUUUCUCAUUCCACAAAGUGUGUCUUCCUGCUACGCGAUAAAUUAUUUUGAUGAAAAAAAAAGGCUAUAAAAUGGACUUUAUCCAGUAGGUAUAUAAAUAGUGUAUCACUGUGUAAUGUGCACUAUUUAAUAGAUAAGUUAUGUGCAAUGUUAACUCAGAGUUUAUCGAGAUUAAAAAUGAUAUAUAUAUAUAUACAGAUAUAUAUAGAUAUUUAUUUCCUGAAAAAUACACUACCAGUCAUAAGAUCAGAUAUUUCACGGAUGAAUAUAUUUUUUGUGGUCUAAUAAGAUAUAUAUACUUUAUAGACAAAAGUAUUGCGAUGCCCGUCUUUCCCAGAUAUAUAUGAUUUUUCUCCAAACUGUUACCAUAAAAUUGGAGAAACACAAAUUUUCCCUGUUCCAGCAUGACAAUGCCCCUGUGCACAAAGCCAUCUCCAAGAAGAUCUGCUUUCCAUAGGUUCGACUGGAAGAUCUCCAGCUAUAAAUCUCCAACCCUAUUGAACCUAAAUUAGCACCUGACUUUACUAAAAACCCUUGUGGCUGAAUGAAUCUCCACAAAAUCUACUGGUCGGAGCUCUGUAGCAUCUUCCACUCCAACUCAUAUAAACCAAAUCCUAAUAGAGCUCGUUUUGUCGUCACGCCGAAACGCACGUUUGAGCUUAAUAUAAAAAUAAAUAAAUAAAAAUCAAAAGUUACAGGAUCCAAUAUGGAUCCUGGCUACCUGAUUUGUGCCAUUGUGAUAACAGGAAUUGUGAUAAUAAACUGCAAAAACAUUGUUUAUUUAUAAAUUAUUCCACAUUUCCAUCCUUAAUUUAAUAGAUUAUUUAUUAUUUUUAUUUGUAACCAAAGCGUAAAAAAAAUACGAUGCAAAAUCAGAUUAUAUUAAAUAAAAACAUUUGACUGGUAAUGUAUAUUUUAACACUGUGUUUAUUGUGUGUGUAUUUUGUAUUAUUUUUAACGUGGUUCUAUGACGUGUAGAUCAAGAAUCUGAUUUAAUAUUAAAAGUUGGUUGUUAGUAAAAAUGUGACUAAUGGACGAAUGUAAGAUUCAGAUUCAGGUUUUAUUUUUUUUUGUUUGCUCACAAUACACACUGAGUGCAUGUUACGUCAUCAUCCUGCGACGGCGUGUGUCGUUUCUAACAUCCUGUCUGCUCCAAGUCGAAAUUAAAUGUCUUGUCUUUGAAUCAUCGUGUAACGUUAGCUGUGCGCCGAGUUCCGUGAUUCGCUGACGCGCCGCGUCACGUGACCUGCUGACAGCCAAUGAUGUGCAGACUUUGUUACAAUACACAUGAAUGAAGCGACUCGUUUAGAUGAAACACAGCCAUAUGCCACUAAAAAGUGCUAGAAUAUUUUUUCAUUUCUGGAUGUUUAUUUAAAAUUCAUAUAUCUAUAAUAAAAAACAAAAACCUCUCCAAGUGUCUUUAGGUUCUGUUUACUCUGUUCGUUCCUUUAGAUCUAUGCAAAACCCUGCGUUUCCAUUCUGUGUCCGUGUACAAAAGUGUUGGUCUUGAUUUGAAAUGAAAACCAGUGAAAAUGUUGUAUUCUCGCUGUUUAGCAUGCCUCACAGCAUUUUUAUUGUCCUUUUUUUGUAUGGUGAGUUUGAAUUGUGGUUUUUAUUUGAAUCACGUAUUCAAUUCCAUUAAAAGCAUUUGAGGUAAAAAAAAAAAAAAA